AUGCGUUGGUCUUCCAUUCUUUCUUCCGCCCUGCUCGUCGCUGGCGCGAGCGCUUUCCCUCACCAUACUCACAAGAAACCCACUCCGUCACCGAGUGCUUCGUCCUCGGUGUCAGUUUCGACUCCUUCUACUGUACCUAUAAAGGCUGCCGCUGCUGCGACUGAUCCGUCCUACUGGCUGGCCGAUAUCACUCAUCAAGGCAAUGCUCCUUUUGCCGGUAGCGGAUACACUGUUUUCCGCAAUGUCAAGGACUACGGUGCUGCUGGAGACGGUGUGACCGAUGAUACUGCUGCUAUCCAGAGUGCAAUCAGCGACGGUGACCGCACAGCUCCAUCGUCCAACACCACAACCACCAAAACCCCCGCUAUUGUCUACUUCCCUGCCGGUACAUAUGUGAUUUCUUCCCCUAUUAUUGACUACUACUUCACUCAGCUCGUUGGCAACCCCAACAGCCCUGCUAUUCUUCAAGCAACCUCCAGCUUUACCGGUAUUGGUCUUAUCGAUGGUGACCAAUACCAAUCCAACGGCAAGGAAGGAUGGAUUUCUACCAAUGUCUUCCUCCGCCAAAUCCGCAACUUGGUCAUUGACAUGACCAACAUUCCUGGCACUACUGCUGCCACCGGUAUUCACUGGCCCACGUCUCAGGCUACCAGCCUGCAGAACGUGGUUGUCAACUUGAACGCUGACGAGGGUACCCAGCACACUGGUAUUUUCAUCGAAGAUGGAUCUGCUGGUUUUAUCGGUGACGUGGUUGUAAACGGAGGGCUCCAAGGUCUCAACAUUGGCAACCAGCAAUUCACCAUGCGCAACGUUACCGUCAACAAUGCCGUUACUGGUAUUACUCAGCUCUGGGACUGGGGCUGGACUUACGUUGGACUUACUCUCAACAACUGUCAAAUUGGUAUCUCGUUUUCUUCAAAUACCGCCCAACUCGUCGGUGGUGUCAACAUCAUUGACAGCACCAUUUCCAACGUCGAAACAUUCGUCAAUACCUCCUGGACCCCCACUUCCAGCCCUGCCGGUGCUGGUAACUUGAUCUUGGAGAACGUUGUUUUGGACACUGUUCCCACUGCCGUCGCUGGGCCUGGCACUGUUUACCUCGAAGGUGGCUCUACCACUAUUGCCAGCUACGGCCAGGGUCACGAGUAUACUCCUACUGGCCCCAGCACUCUUUCCGGAACAUACGCCGCUGGAGCCCGCCCCACUGGUCUUCUCGCUUCUGGAACCUCCAACUACUACACCAAGUCCAAGCCGCAGUACGAGGCUUACACCACUGACCAGGUUGUCAGCAUCCGCAGUGCAGGAGCUGCCGGUGACGGUACCACCGACGACACCGCCGCCAUCAACUCUGCUCUCACUUCUGCUGCCGCUAGCGGUUCUCUUGUGUUUUUCGACUACGGUGUGUACUUGGUCUCAGACACCAUCUACUUCCCCCCUGGCUCCAAGGUUGUCGGAGAAAGCUACCCCAUUAUUGCUGGUAGCGGAGACAAGUUCAGUGAUGCAUCCAACCCCUACCCUAUUGUCCAAGUGGGUAAGAGCGGUGAUACCGGUACUAUUGAAUGGUCUGACAUGCGUGUUGGUACUAUUGGUGGCACUGCUGGCGCUAUUCUUAUCGAAUGGAACUUGGCCGGUGAACUGGGUUCUGGUGCAUGGGAUGUGCACUCGCAGAUUGGCGGAUGGCAGGGAUCCGACCUCCAGCUCAGCCAGUGCCCAACCACUGCUGCAGUCUCAACUGCUUGUGAAGCUGCAUUCUUAAACGUCCACAUUACCUCUGACGCGUCGAACGUCUACUUCGAGAACAACUGGUUCUGGACUGCGGACCACGAUAUUGAGGACCCCACCAACACGCAGAUCUCUGUGUACACUGGUCGCGGUGUUCUCGUCGAGGGUAGUAACAUUGAAAUGUGGGGAACCGGCGCUGAGCACCACGGACUGUACCAAUUCCAAUUCAACGGCGCUUCCAAUGUCGUUGGUGGAUACUUCCAGACUGAAACGCCCUACUACCAGCCCAAACCCGAUGCCACCUCCGGCCCCUAUCAGUCUAUCACCACCACCCCUUGGUCUGACCCCGACUUCAGCACUUGCCUGUCAGGAAACUGCGACGCUUUGGGUCUCCACAUCACCGACAGCACGGACAUCACCAUGUACGGUCUCGGUCUUUAUAGCUUCUUCAACGACUACAGCACCUCCUGCUCCGACGCUGGCAACGGCGAGAACUGCCAGAGCGAGAUCUUCCGUGUCGAUGGAAGUGUGUCUGGAUUGAAUGUGUACGGCUACCAGACCGUCGGUACUACGAACAUGAUUACCAUCAACGGUACCAGCGCAGCGUUGUACUCUGAUAACUUGAGCGUUUACCCGGACUCUAUCGCUUUGUUCAGCUAUUAG